AUGCCGAGCACACCGCUAGUACGUCCCACCGCCACAGGCACAGGCAUCGCUGACGGCCCAGACAACACGGCCACAUGGUGGUGGCAGGACCGCGGGCUGCGCCUGUGCAUGGCCAACAUCUUCGUGCUCUUCCUCACGCCGUACACGCAGGGGUUUGACGGCAUUCUUUUUACCGGGUUGCAGGUGAUGCCUGCGUUCUUGACAAAGUUCCGCCCUAGCGACACGGAGCUCGGGCUCAUGGCCGCGAGUGUCGGAUUCCCGCUGUUGGGCGUGCCGUUCUUGGUGCAGUGGCUUGCGGACCGGUACGGCCGGCGGCCGCUCAUCACUGUGUCGUGUCUGUUCGUGAUCGGCGGCCCCCUCAUCUCCGGUCUCGGCAAAACGCGGGGCACCUUUAUCGGCGGGCGCGUGCUCACGGGCGUCGGCAACGCGUUUGUGCAGGUCACUGCGCCGACACUCAUCGCCGAGAUUGCGCACCCGCGCUUCCGGCCCGUCGUGACGGCGAGUUACCAGCCCACGGCGUUCAUCGGCGCCGUCAUCUGCGGGUGGAUCAUGUUCGGGGUGACCAAGUGGAACUCGGACUGGGCGUGGCGCGUGCCGACGCUCCUGCAGUGCCUGAGCUUUAUCCCCGUGCUCUUCUGGUCGGUCUCGCCGUGGAUGGUCGAGUCGCCGCGAUACCUCGUCUACAGCGGCCAGAAGGACAAGGCUCACGCACUGCUCGCGAAACUCCACGCCAAUGGGGAUAUGACCGACGAGCUCGUCGUCAACGAGCUCAAUGAGAUCGUUGAGGCGUGCGACGCCGACCGGGAGAGGGGCAAGACGUCGUCGUUUGCAGACUUUGUCCGCACGCCAGGGAACAUUAAGCGCCUGUUGAUCAUUCUCGUGUUUGGAUUCAUCUCGCAGAUGAGCGGGAAUGGCAUCGUCACCAUCUACAUUGGCCGCAUGCUCAUCAUCGCGGGGAUCCACGACCCACUCACGCUCCAGGGGAUCAUUUGCGGGCUCACCAUGUGGCUCCUGAUCUCGGCGCUCCUCGCAGCCCAGUUCGUCGAGCGCAUCGGCCGCCGAGGCAUCCUUCUCUGGGCACUGGUUGGCAUGAUCAUCUCGCUGUCGCUCGUGACGGCUUUCAGCGCACUUGUCGAAACCGCUCCUCGCUAUGGCGUCGGCGCGAUCGUGUUGAUCUUCAUCUUUAGCGGGAUUUACAGCUCGGCCUUCGCCGUCGUCCCAUACCUCUACCUGACCGAGAUCCUGCCGUACAACCUCCGCGGCAAGGGCCUGUCCAUCUUUGCCUUUGUAAACGCCGCAUUCACAAUCUACACCCAGUACGUCUCGCCCAUCGCCCUCGGCAGCAUAGGGUGGCGAUACUACAUCGUAUUUAUCGCCUGCGACGUCUUCACCUUGGUGGCAAUGUACUUUGUGAUCACCGAGACGCGUGGGCACACGCUCGAGGAGAUCCAGGAGCUGUUCGACGGGCAAGCGCUUGGGCGUGUGGCGACGGGUGCCACCGACGAGAAGGGUCACGUGGAGGAGAUUGAAGACAAGUAG